AUGACUGAAUUUUGGAAUUGGGCUAAAACAUUCCAUUGUCGUCCAGCUUUAUAUGCUGAACCAACAUCGAUUGAUUCUCUUCGAACCUUAUUAAAUGAAAUAAAUAAAACAAAAUCAAAAGUUCGUGUUAUUGGUUGUGCACAUUCUCCAUCAGGACUUGCUAUGUCAAAUGAAGUUUUAAUAUCGAUGAAACAUUUCAAUAGAAUUAUUGAAAUCGAUGAAAAAAAUUUUGAAAUUCAUUGUGAAAGUGGAGUACUUUUAAGUACACUUAAUGAAAUUCUCCCACAACAUAAUCUUUCAUUACCUGUACAAGGUUCCAUUAGUAAUUUGACAAUAGCUGGUGUUAUUUCUACAGCUACUCAUGGAUCAGGAAUUAAAUAUGGAACAUUAUCAUCAUAUGUACGAUCAAUAACUUUAAUGAAAUUAAAUGGAGAAAUAAAAGAAUAUCGUUUAGAAGAUGAUGAAGAUUUAUUUCAUUGUUUAACAUGUUGUUUAGGUACAUUUGGAAUAAUUCUAAGUGUUCGUUUACAAGUAUCAUCACUUUAUUAUUUGGAAUUAAAUCAACAUGCUUUAGAAUUUCAUAAAUUUUUAAAUACAUUACCUGUUCAUUAUUCAUCAUCAGAUCAUUUUCGUUAUAUGUGGUAUCCACAUACAAAUUUUGGUAUUGCUUAUCAUUUAACACGUGUUCAAUCAAGAUUAAUUAAUAAUAAAAAAUCAUUUUUAUCAAGAAUUUUUUCUUGGAUUCGAUAUUCAUUAAUUGGUCAUCAUCUAUUGGAAGUAUUAUUUUAUUUUUCAUUAUUUCUUCCUCGUUUAGUCCGAUAUAUAAAUAAUAUUUAUGUUAAAUUAGAUGGAAUAUCAAAUCAUAAAAUUGAUCGUUGUGAUAAAUUAUUUAAUUUUGAUUGUUUAUUUUAUCAAUAUGCAAGUGAAUGGGCAAUACCAUUAGAUCAAGCUGUAUCGUGUCUUAUUCAAUUAGAAAAAUUUAUGGAAGAAAAUUCAAAUGUUCAUUUUCCAAUUGAAAUACGUUUUAGUAAAGAAGAUUUAUCAUAUUUAUCUCCUGGUUAUAAACGUCAAACAUGUUGGAUAAAUACUGUUGCUUAUCGCCCUUUUGGAAAAACACAUUUUGAACAUCGAUCUUUUUUUGAUGCAUUUGAAUCUAUAUGUUAUAAACAUAAUGGAAGACCACAUUGGGCAAAAGAACAUCCAUUAAAUAAGGAACAUUUAUCUCAAUUAUAUUCAAAUUGGAAUUUAUUUCAUGAAAAACGUAAACAAUUUGAUCCAAAUGAUCUUCUUAUAAAUGAUUGUCUUCGAAAUGUAUUUCUAUAA